AUGACUUUUAUUUAUGUCGUCUGCUUAUUUCUUUUCUUUCAAUCAUCGAAUUUGUUUUCUUUGCUUCCUUCCUCCUUCUUUACUUCGUUUUUAGACAGUUUUCAUUGUGAAGACAGCAAAUUGGAGCUUUUCUCUCUCUGUUACUUUUACCCUUUCUUUCCUUCCCUUUUCUCGUAUUGGUCUUCUCUCUCUCUCUCUCUCUCUCUCUCUCCUCUGACUUCUGCAUCGAUAACCACUCUCUCCUUUGUUUCCUUCGAUUUCUCUCACUUUUCAUUCACUCUGACACACUAUAUUUCCUUCUCCCUCUCUCUCUCUAUAUUUUACUUUUUCUCUCUCACUCUCACUAUUCCCCGUUCCCCACUCUCUCAUAUUUCAUUCUCUUAUCCCCCUCCCUCCUUUAUUUAUUUGAAUGACAUAAAAGAAUCGAAAAAGCAUCUCGUCGAUUUGCAGGAAGAUGUCGAAGAAUUCGAAAAGCGGCUCCGUCGAGGGAUUGAACGGACGAAGAAAUCGAUUGAACAAUUAUCAAUCGAUUGUGAAUUGAAUUGCUCAAAAGUCUGGCAGGAAUUGGAUGAAUUUCUGGAAAAGACGAGGAUGAAGGCCGCAGAGUUGUGCAACCAAAUGAGAGAAAAGACGACUGAAGAAGAAAGGAAAUGGCACCAAAUCCUCGAAGAGAAAGAAAAUCUCUCGAAGGAGGCGGGAAAAUGGCUCAUGGAUUUGCGCCAUUUGUUAGUUGCCAGCAAUGACGACGUAGACGUUGUUUCUGGUAUACGGUCGCUGGGAGCGGAGCUUUCAGGGCGGCUCCAUGAAUCGUUCUUUCCUGUGGAGGAAGGUCAUUUUCUGGUGACCUUUCCAGAAUGGUGCCAACGAUCAUUGAACCAGCUUCAAGAAGAAAUCGUCGACUUUAAGACGGCAAAGACAUGGCCCCAAAGGGAAUUGGAACUUGAAAGCGAAUGCCGCCUGCAGCAUUCGAACCUGCGGUGGAUUUUGUCGAUUUCCGCCAGCGACGAAGACGGUCACGUGUUUGUUGUCGAUUGGGGCGACAAAUCGAUCAAGGAAUUCGGCGAGACUGGGAAAAUCGUCGGCCGAUGUCUCUUGGGGGACGAAGGAUUCUCACCUUUGGACAUUUGUUGUCUUUCUCAAGACAAUUUCGUUGUUUGCUCCUCCUCCUCCCAUAAUGUCAGCUUCUCUUUUCUCCCCCUUCAUUGUUUUUAUCUUUUCUUGAUGUUUUUCUCUCCCUCUACUUUUUCUCUCUCCCUCCCCCCUCUCUCUCUCUCUCUCUCUCUCUCUCUCUUACUCUACGAUAACCACUCUCUCUUUUCUUUCUUUCGGUUUUUCUCACUUUUCACUCACUCUGACACACUCUAUAUUUCCUUCCCCCACUCUCUAUGUAUUUUAUUUUUCUCUCUCACUCCCAUGACUCCCCUCAUUCCUCACUCUCUCAGAUUUCAUUCAGCUUCCUCUUACCACUACCCCCACCGCCUUCAAUUGAAUGAGAUAAAAGAAGCGAAAAAGCGCCUCUUCGACUUGCAGGAAGAUGUCAAAGAUUUCGAAAAGCGACUCCGUCAAAGAAUUGAACGGACAAAGAAAUCGAUUGAACAAUUAUCAAUAGAUUGUGAAUUGAAUUGCUCAAAAGUCUGGCAGGAAUUUGAUGCGUUUAUGGAAAAGGCGCGGAUGAAGGCCGAAGAACUGUGCGAACAAAUGAGACGAAAGAUGACCGAAAAACAGAGCAAAUGGCGCCAAUCCCUCGAACAGAAAGAAAAGCUUUUGGAGGAGGCGGAAAAAUGGCUCAUCGAUUUGCGCCAUUUGUUAGGCGACGGCAACGUCGACGAGGACAUUGUUUGUGGUGUAGAACCGCUGAGAGCGAAGCUUUCAUGGUGGCACCACAAAUCAUUUGCUCCUGUUGAGGAAGGUCAUUUUGUGGUGACCUUUCCAGAAUGGUGCCAGAGAUCAUUGGACCAACUUCAAAAAGAAAUGGUCGACUUCACUGUAGAGAGAUGGCCUCCAAGGGAAUUGGAACUUCAAAGCGAAUUCCGCCUUCAGGAUUCGAACCUGGGGUCGAUUCAUUCGAUUGCCAUCAGCGACGAAGACAGUCACGUGUUUGUUGUUGAUGGACGCGAUAAAUCGAUCAAGGAAUUCGGCGAGACUGGGGAGUUCGUCGGCCAAUGUCCUCUGAUGGGCGAAGGAGAGAUAUUCUUACCUUGGAAUAUUUGUUGUCUUUCAAAAGACAUUUUGGUUGUUUGUGGUUCUUUGUGGUUGCCUGGGUCGAGGGGAGGGAGACUUUCGUGGUUGUUUCCGAUUAUGUCGCCGGGGAGGGGAAGACUUUUGUUUUUGGUGCGAAAGAAAAGUCCACCAUUUUUAGAAAAACCUGUCGGUCUAUCUAUCAGUCUGUGCCUCAGCCUUGUAUAUCUAUCUAUCUAUCUAUCUAUCUAUCUAUCUAUCUAUCUAUCUAUCUAUCUAUCUAUCAGCCUGUCUGUCUGUCUGUCUGUCUGUCUCUCAGUGUGUCUAUCUGUCCAACUUCUCUCUACAAGUCUAUCUAUGUAG